AUGGCGGAUCACCAAGCGGUAGACUCUCUUUCGCGCACCUCCUCGUCGACAGAUGAUGUGUGGACUGUAGAUAAGGCCCUGGUGGCUCACGGUAUCGAAAUUCCUGAGAACGUGACCUCGCCCAUCACCUUCUUUCAUAUCCUCGAGAGGCUCAAGACGACCAAGCGGCAAGGCUGGCUGCGGCACGGUAUCAAUGCUGGCGAGUCCAUUGCGGACCACAUGCACCGCAUGGGCAUCAUGGUCCUUUUUGCGCCGCCGUCCGUCCGUGCCGCCGUCAACCUCGACAAAUGUCUGAAAAUGGCGCUGCUGCACGACGUCGCCGAGACCAUUGUCGGCGACAUUACGCCGUCGGACGGCGUACCGCGCGACGAAAAGUCACGUCGCGAGGCCAUUACGGUCGACUUUUUUGUCGACCGGCUGCUGGGCAGCGCGCACGGCGGCGACGACGCGUCGGCCGCCGAGAUGCGCGCCGUGUGGAACGAGUUUGAGAGCGGCACCAUUGACGGCGUGCCCGACUCGGCCUCGCCCGAGCGCGCCUUUGUGCAGGACCUCGACAAGAUUGAGAUGCUUCUGCAAAUGUCCGAGUACGAACGUCGGCAUGGCGUCAACCUGGAUGAGUUUACGUACUCGGCAACCAAGAUACGCAUGCCGGAGAUGCGUGCCUGGGCCGACGAGAUUCUCGCGGGCCGGGUGAAACAGACGACGGCGGCGGGCCCGACUGUGGCCAGCCGGGAGCAGCAGGACGAGUACUACGGGAAGUAG